UCUCUGCGUGAAGUUUUUGAAUCGGCGAGUAAGAUAUAUCUCAUCAUGGAGAAAUGUCUUAGCGACUUGAUGAAACUGACGAGAGACGAGAACAUGCGUUUUACCGAGAGCAAUGUCAGACCAAUUAUUAAUGAUUUGACCAGUGCCAUUACGUAUUUACAUAAAAACGAUAUUGUUCAUCGAGAUGUGAAAAUGGAGAACGUCUUGGUAACAAACAAUCCAAAUAAUGUAAAUGAUCACAUGUACAUUAAACUUAGCGAUUUUGGGCUAAGUAUUGUUAAGAGUGGACAUGGUAUUGCCAAUAUGCUAAAUGAACGUUGUGGAACGUUGCAAUACAUGUCGCCUGAAAUUUUACAAUCGAAGUCUUAUAGCCAGCAAUGCGACGUAUGGUCAAUUGGUGUUAUUACUUAUUAUAUUUUAUCAUUACAAAUGCCUUUUACGGGAAAAACGGAAGCAGAAAUUAUAACGAAUAUUUGUAGCAGUAUUCCCCAACCGCAGCACUUUUUCUCCCCAGAAUUAAGAGAUCUCAUCGGACGAGUACUGAAUAAAGAUCCUGCCGCAAGAAUCACCGCCGCUGAACUACUUAAUCAUCCAUGGUUGAAAGGAAAGAAAUUAAUUGAUUAUUCUCAAUCGCAUAAUGUUAUCGAUAUGAUGCGUUUGUGUAAUAAGGACAUGCGCAUAAGUUUAGAUGACGAAACUGAUGAUGAGCUUCUGUACGCACCAGAUCAGCACAAACGUUCAGCAGCUGCAGUUUCUGUAAAAAAUGUAACGUUCGAUAAAAGGAACAAACGUGCUUCCAAUAUGGGUUCAAAGCGUUCUCGGGGACAAGGUCGGCAAGACGACAAGAGUCCCAAACGCCGCUGAUUAUCUAAGUUAUACGCCGUUUGCUUUUCACGUAUGCUUUUUACGUCAAUAAAGUUAAUUGGUAUAAAUACAUAUGAAUAAUUAAGACAA